GUUCACCUGGAAAGGUUGGAUGCACUUUGCGUGAUAUGCAGAACUAUUACCGUGAUUUUAAAGAGAUAAUUAGAGAUGCAGAUGCGCAGACUAUAAUUGAUGCCAUGGAAAGUAAACAGAAGAUCAAUCCAACUUUCUUCUUCAGGUAUGAACUAGAUGAUGAGAACAAGCUAACACACAUUUUCUGGGCUGAUGGUACCUCUAGAAAGAACUAUGCACUAUUUGGAAAUGUUUUGUCCUUUGAUUCCACAUAUCGCACCAAUCGAUAUGACCUCGUGUUUGCCCCUUUCACUGGCAUUAACCACCACAAAGAUUGUGUUACAUUUGGUGGCUCAUUUCUAUGCCAUGAAAAGAUUGGAUCAUACAGAUGGUUAUUCAAGGCAUUUCUGGAAGCAAUGGGAGGUGUUGCACCUACACUUAUAAUCACCGAUGAGGACAAAAGCAUGAAAGCUGCAAUUGAAGAAGUAUUGCCAAACACUGUACACAGACUUUGCAUGUGGCAUAUUCUGAACAAAGUGCCCGAGAAAGUUGGACGGGAACUAAACAAAAAUGAGGAUUUCCAAAGGGAAUUUAGUAUAUGUGUGUGGGCCUCGGAGACCCCGGAUGAAUUUGAGGAGAAAUGGUCAUCUGUUAUCUCAGACUUUGGACUACAAGACAACGAAUGGUUGGCAGCCAAGUAUGAAAUACGCCAAUCAUGGAUACCUGCUUACUUUCGAGGUGUAUUUCUUUCUGGUUUGUUGAGGACUACAUCAAGAUCUGAGAGUGAGAAUGCAUUUUUUGGUCAUUUCAUUCACCGGCGACUCUCUUUGCUUGAAUUUUGGAUAAGAUAUGAAACUGCCAUUGAGGAACAACGUCAAAAGGAGUUGGAACAUGAUAACGCAAGCUUGCAUACACUCCCGGUAUUGGUGACUACGUGGAGCAUCGAGAACCACGCUAGAGAAGUCUACACUCAUACAGUUUUUAUGUUAUUCCAAGCCCAAGUAGUUGCUGCCAUGGAGAAGUGUGAUGUACGGAAAAUAGAACAAGUUGGAGAAGUACAAACCACAUGUAUCAGUCAUGGAAAAGGCAGGAUAAGGGAGGUGGUCUUCAACUCUUCUAAGAAGGAUGUGCAAUGUUCUUGUAAAUUGUUUGAAUCUGUGGGUAUACCUUGCUCUCACAUGAUAGUUGUCCUUAAGAGGGAGCAAUUUAGCGAGAUCCCAAGCCAUUAUGUGCUCGAUAGAUGGAAAAAAACGGCAAACCAGAAGGUAGUCCUUGAUGCCAAUGGGAAUGUUCUUCAAGGUACAAGUAGAACCCUUCCACCCGUCAUUGAUCAAAUGUACUCUGAUACAUACUGUAAGUUCAAUAUGGGCAUGAUGGCUGCCAAACAUUGCGAGGAGAAGAUGCAAUAUUUGCAUAAAGGUAUUAAUGAUCUCAUAGACCAUGUUUUGCACAUGGGUCCUGCAAGUGAGCGAACUAAGGUCCAAGAGUUUGAGUCAUUUAUUGGAGUAAAAAUUCCAUCUGAGAUCAAUAUCCAUCCACCUGCUAUAGCACAUACAAAGGGCAAUGGUAAAAGGUUUAAGAAGAGCUCAGAGAAAGGAACAAGUGGGAAAAAAAAGAGGAGGUCUGCAAGCAGCCAGAAGGGAUAAGAGGACUAGACUGCAGGGUUACCAACAAGAGGUUUGCCGUUGUGUUUGGAUGUGGAUGACGUGGAAACAAGAUGAUCAGUAGUAUGUGUGUAUACUUAGUAAUUCUGAACUUACAAGCUCCUUCGUGUGCUUGCGAAAUGAUUAUGGUGUUGAUGUUGUGCUAUACUUGACGAGAUUAAUAUCCGUUGUGAAAAUAUGUAUCUGAUCUACAUGUUGUGUAUAUAGUUUGUCCCUUUUAUGGCUUGUAACUUGAAUCUGAAUAUA